AUGGUUCAGCCGACGGUGGACCUGGCGUUGAAUCUGGGCAUUUUCGUGUGGAUUGGCGCUACUAUGCCGUGGCAGGACUUUGUAUCGACAUUUGCUUUAUGGAAAUUUAUUGUCAUGGGCAUUGCUCUGCUUCUGUUCCGUCGUCUGCCUGCCGUACUUCUGUUUUAUAGGAUCAUUCCCGACAUUGCCGACCUCAAAGAGGCUGUUUUCACGGGCUUUUUCGGUCCUAUUGGAGUCGGUGCUCUAUUCUACCUGGAAGUCGCUUUACAAGAGUUCCAGGGCAUGGGACUGUCGAACAGCAAUGUCAUGGUCCGCACUAUUAAACCUGUGGUCUACUUCUCAAUUCUCAGUUCAGUUCUGGUUCACGGAAUCUCCAUUCCUAUUCUACAAGUGUUUCUCAAAUCCACCAAGAAGCUCCGCAAUAAACGCCGCCAGAGACUGACUGCUGCCUCGACUCUUGACACUGAAGAUACCGUUAUCUGA